CGGCGCGCGGCGGCCCCACCCCCGCGAUCGGCCGACCCCGCGCCGGCCGCGCCGCCGGAGCCGCGGCUCGGCACGGUGCGCGCCGCCUUGGAGAGGGCGUUGGAGCGGGCGGGGGCGGCCGCGCCGCCGGCCGUGGUCGAGGAGCUGUGCCAGAGGUGCUGGGCGCACUGGGGGGCCUCGCCGGAGGCGGGCGAGCGCCUGCGGAGCUUCGGAGCGCGGGUGGCCCAUGCUCGGGUUCUUCGUCAGCAAGGGGAAGCUCUCGCGAGAGCUCGUGGGGCAACUGAUCCUGGCGAGCGCCCCAAGGCUCGCCGACUACUCGGUGCGAGAGCUGUGGACGGAGUCUGCCAGCAGGAGGUGGAAGCUCGUCGCGCUGCGGAAGCCCUUCAGCACCCUCGUCUACAACCGGGACGACCUCUUCGACGGCGAGCCCACCGUGGCGGCUUGGUUCGCCAGGGCGUACCCGGGUCUGGGCAUGUACCCCUGCCACUCGAUGGAGGACGAGGUCUCCGGCGUAUUGCUCGUGGGCACGUCCAGGAAGGUCUGUCAGGACUGCAAGCUGCUGUUCGAACAGCAGAGGGUCACCAAGACGUACCACGCCCUCGUGCAGGGGCAUCCCAUCGUUGCGUGA